CACAACGCUGCUACCAUACGUCGACAGGGGUCGUAUCUUUGUGCAUGAGUGUAAUGGCAAGUACAUCGGCAUGACUAGCAUGGUGCUUUACGAUGACUCUGAGGUGGCGCCAUGUCAUCAGUGCGGUGCUGAUGCCUGUGUGUACAAUGGGUGCAGUAAUUGCAGGUUGUACACAUGUGAUGACUGCAAGAGCUCAAGAUGUACUAAAUGUGACCCCGACAGCCAUGGGAGAUAUUGCAGUGGGUGUAUGGGCACAUAUGAAUGCUCCAUGUGCGGUACGUAUUACUGCUUGUGGGACAACACGCAGACCAGCACUGUGUCCACGUGUGUCAUUUGCGGUGUAAGGGCUUGCUUAGUAUGCGUACCGAGUAUGCAAAAGUACAGAAAAUGCCGGAACUCGUAUUGUGGCCAGUGCAUUACCAUGGAUAGUAGCCAGCCAUGCUUGUGGAAGUGCAGCAGUAAUGGCCGAUAGUGAUCAACCAGUUGUCAUUGUGAGUGCGCAUUGUGGUUAGAUACCGCUCGUGCUGCACCCUUUCAGAGCGUCUGUGAGGCUACACAGACUUCCCGCAG